UGCACCCCGCCAUCAACACAACCUUGACCCUCUUCGCCCUGCACCCGUCAGACUGCAACGUCGUGUGAGAUACUGGACUGCAUAACCACUGUCGCCGAUUGCUUGCGCCCCCACUGCCGACUCUUUGCUUCUUCGUGCCUGCUCGCGCCCCACUGCUCUUAGCUGCUGCCAUCCACCGCUCCUUCUCCGUCGCCUAGUUGCCAUCGCGCCAUGGAGGACAGCAACAGAGACAGCUUCCAACUGCCCGCCCCUCCCCCUCCACUCCAGACCCGCGACAACGCAAUGGAUCGCCCAGGCACCCCGACGGGCGAGGCUUUCAUGAGCCCGCAGCAGACGCCCCAGGGCAGCCCAAGCAAACACCACCAACCGCCCGGCGCGUUCGAUCUGCCGCACGUCUUCGAAAAUGCCAUGCGGCUGCUGCCCACCAUGGGCUCGCCCUCCAAGACGAAGCCCGGAUCGCCCACAUCACCCAACAAACUGCAGAUCGGCAGCAAUGGCGCUGACUACAGCACCAUGGAUAGUCCCAGUCUCGCACCGGGCAGCCCCACACGCAAGUCAAAUCAGGAGAACACCCCCCCGAGUGGCCGCCCGGGCCUGCAGAAGGAGUCGAGCUACCUCACACACGCAGCGCAGUCGCGCCAGGAGCCCUACAGGACGCGCGAGGACGGCCAAUCGACACGCUACAUCAAUGGCCCCCAGCGUCUUUCCCCAGAAGAACUCGAGAAGGCGCGAAAGCCAGCCGUGAAGCGCCUGGCAAACGUGACCCAGCUGUACUUCCUCGACUACUACUACGACCUCCUCACCUACGUACACAGCCGCCAGAGCCGUCUCUCCCAGUUCAAGGCUCAGAACCCUCCCCCUCCAGACACACCCGAAGAAGAGUACAACGAUGCCCUCACACAAUACCUCGGCCGUGAGCGUGCCAACCUCCGCAAGCGACGCACUCGGUUAAGGCAGGGUGACUUCCAGAUUCUCACACAGGUCGGCCAGGGUGGCUAUGGACAGGUCUAUUUGGCCCAGAAGAAGGAUUCGCGUGAAGUGUGCGCUCUAAAGGUCAUGAGCAAGAAGCUGCUGUUCAAGCUGGACGAGGUUCGCCACGUCUUGACAGAGCGCGAUAUCCUUACCACUGCUAAGAGCGAGUGGCUGGUCCGCUUGCUCUACGCCUUUCAAGACGACAAGAGCAUCUACCUUGCGAUGGAAUACGUCCCUGGAGGCGACUUCCGAACCCUUCUCAACAACACUGGUGUCCUGCACAACCGGCAUGCGCGUUUUUACAUCGCCGAAAUGUUCUCGUGUAUCGACUCGCUACAUCAGUUGGGUUACAUCCAUCGCGACCUAAAGCCCGAAAACUUCCUGAUCGACAGUACUGGCCAUGUGAAGUUGACCGACUUUGGUCUUGCAGCUGGUAUCCUUGCACCCUCCAAGAUUGAGUCUAUGCGCAUCAAGCUCGAAUCCGUCAGCGAUGUCAUUUCGCCAUUCGGCCGACCCAUCGAAGAGCGAUCAGCAGCCCAGCGACGAGAGAACUACCGCUCUCUUCGCGAGCGAGAUGUCAACUACGCAAAGAGUAUCGUCGGCAGCCCCGAUUACAUGGCACCUGAAGUGUUGAAGGGCGACGAGUACGACUACACAGUUGACUACUGGAGUUUGGGAUGCAUGUUGUUUGAGGCUCUGGCCGGCUAUCCACCAUUCGCCGGUGCCACAGUAGACGAGACCUGGCAGAACUUGAAGCAGUGGAAGAAGGUGCUCCGGAAGCCCGUCUAUGAAGACCCAUCCUACUUCCUCUCGAAGCGCACAUGGGACCUCAUCAUCCGUCUCGUGGCUUCCAAGUCUACCCGCUUCCGUAAUAUCUCCGAGAUCCAUGCCCAUCAGUACUUCGCAGAAGUUGACUGGGCGAGGCUGAGGGAGCAGAAGGCACCCUUUGUACCCGAACUGGACAGUGAGACGGAUGCCGGAUACUUUGACGACUUCGGUAGCGAAGCCGACAUGGCAAAAUACAAGGAAGUACACGAGAAGCAGGCUGCCUUGGAGGCCAUGCAGGACCGCAACGUCCAGAUGGGCAAGGGCCUAUUCGUUGGAUUCACAUUCCGCCACAAGAAGACAGCCGAUGAGAACGGCAAACCAUCGAGUCCAAGGAAACCACUUCCCAUGGUUGAGGAGAACUUCGGCACGAUCUUCUGAAAAUAUCUGUUUCGCUCUGUUUGCCGAAGCACUGGUUGCGUUGGCGCUUUCUCUCCUGUGUACAUCUACUUCUUGUCAUUAUCGCAGUGCCUAAGAGCUGUGAAGUUGAGACGAGUUACGAGAUGCGUGCAUGAGUAGUCGCUUGCCAGGUCGCACGUCAUAGUAUGAUUAUCAGAUUUGGCGUUUAGUUGGGACAGCAUAGUUUAUUGGGCGGGCGAGUGCGUUGCAUGCAUUCGAGAAGUCGUGUAUCAGUAGAUGAGUAUACAAGUAUGAAGGCAGUGAUUACUGAGAACGUGGAAUGCAACCUGUAUACUCAAUGACC